AUGUCCUCCACCUCAGCGACGACCCAGCGCAAGAUCGCACCCUCGACUACGCCCUCGAGUGCCAUAGCCGCGGCCAAUGCAGCCAAAGCGGCCAAGGAGACGAUGCGCUCGGCUAGGGCCUGUGUAGCCUGUCGCAAGCUGUGAGUGGUGGUCGCACGCUCGACUGGCGCCAGAGUCGGCCACAGCUCGGGUGGCUCGCCCCACCUCCGCUUUCGGGUACUCAUCCCUUGGUGAACCACCGUGUUGCUCGUACAGGAAAACCAAAUGCAUUACAAGCGACAACCCAGACCUGCCCUGCAAGGUGAGCUCGCAGGCGGCAGCGGCAAUCCUCGUCUCGAGAGGCGUGAUUGAGAGGAUCCCCACAUGAGCUGUGGCCCCGCGCCGGCUGCGGGUGGGCGGUCGGUUCAAUGAGGAGCCCCGAACUGAUCGCAACGAGCUCUGUACCACAGCGAUGCACCGCCAAUAACCUUGAAUGCGUGUUCGAGGAUAUCAUGCCCAGUGUCUCGACCAUCAAGUAAGUAGCUCUCGUGGCCCGCGUCUGAAUCUCGGGGUUCACCCCCUGUGCCGACUCGGGAGAGUCCGAGACCGAUCGCCUACGGAGGCUCCCCUGCGCGAGGGCGGAACACCCCGUCAUGUCGCAACAAAACUGAUCUCUUCCCUUGCGUCCGCUCAUUUUCGAACAGCGCUCGAGUUGAACAACUUGAACGGGAAUUUCAAGUCGUCCAGUCCGAGUUGCAACGCCUCCGUCAGCUCGAAUCCGAGGUCGGCGCGAUCAAGCUCUUAAUCCCGAGAGCGUUCGGCAUCCCCGGCGCAGGGGACCAAAAAUCGCUGGCCACGUCCGGAAUGAUCCCUUCCCCACCGGCACUUCCAGGGUAUUUUGCGGGUGGCAACAAGAAUGGAUCUGUUGCCGGAUCGUCGACCUCCCACGCUGCCUCGAACCCGAGUCCCGUCGGUCUGUCGCAGAGUUUGGGCGCUUCGGUGCGCUCGUUCGGUGGUGAGACGGGGAUACGGUCCUCACUGCCCUUGAGAAGACCAGCGGACGACCCGGUCGCUUCGACAAACGUUUCCGAUGACGAAGGCGACCGAGACGAUGGCGAGGACGAGGACCAUUUGCCGCGGUCGGUGUUCGUCGCGCCCGUCGAAACGCUCAAUCGAUUGGCCGAAGAACAGGCGCAGGCGCAGAGGCGAGCGGCGGACGGGAGUUGGAUCAAGCCUCCAAAUCGGAAGAAGCCAAGAAGGGCAUACGAACCUGCCACUCCGCCGGACCGUAUUCCAGACAUCAUCGAUAAGGGUGUGCUGGACGAGAUCAUGGCGAGAGAUCUGCACGCAGUGUCAGUUUUCUCGCUCAGUCAGUGA